CUUGAGGCGGAGACGCCCCCCCACCGCCACCCGCACGCCCGCAGCAGCCGCCGGGAGCCAGCGCGCCGAGAGGGAAAAAUGGCAGACGGGUUUUCGCUUAAUGAUGCGUUAGCUGGGUCUGGAAAUCCACACCCUCAAGGAUGGCCUCCUGCAUGGGGGAACACGCCUCCAGGGGCCGGGGGCUACCCAGGUGCCUCCUAUCCUGGGGCCUAUCCUGGGCAGGCACCCCCAGGGGCCUAUCCUGGGCAGGGGCCCCCAGGAGCCUAUCCUGGGCAGGCCCCCCCUGGCGUCUAUCCCACAGCACCAGGAGCUUAUCCUGGACCGCCUGCACCUGGAGCCUACCCUGGCCAACCUGGCGGGUCUGGGGCCUACCCUGCAGCUGGCCCCUUUGGUACUCCCGCUGGACCACUGACAGUGCCCUAUAACCUGCCUUUGCCUGGAGGAGUCAGGCCUCGCAUGCUGAUCACCAUCCUGGGCACAGUGAAGCCCAAUGCAAACAGAAUUACUUUAGAUUUCAAGAGAGGAAAUGAUAUUGCCUUCCACUUUAACCCACGCUUCAACGAGGAUAACAGGAGAGUCAUUGUUUGCAAUACGAAGCUGGAUAACAUGUGGGGAAAGGAAGAAAGACAGAUGGUUUUCCCAUUUGAAAGUGGUAAACCAUUCAAAAUCCAAGUGCUGGCUGAACCUGACCACUUCAAGGUUGCAGUCAACGACGCCCACUUGUUGCAGUAUAACCAUCGGAUGAAAAAUCUCCACGAAAUUAACCAAGUGGGCAUUGCUGGAGACAUAAAUCUCACCAGCGCUUCACACACUAUGAUAUAAUAUGAAAAGGGCUGAUACUUUUCUUAAAAAAUAAAAUUGAAUCUAAACCUUAGACAUGACCUCUCUGCCUACUUGCUCUGGCAGUGGAGGCCGUUAGCUGUCUAUGGUGAAUGUAUCCUGCUUUGUAAGCUUUUACUCUGUAAGCUUAUCUUUCUCUUCCUCAAUAAACUUUUACAUUUGCCUUAAAAAAAAAACAAAAAAAAAAAAACUAAGACAUGUAAAAGCUUCCCAUUCACUAUGAAAGAAAAAAUUUACAUUUAUUCAUCAACAUCCCUCUUAUAACUCAUCCAUUUAAUAAAUAUUCUUGUGCUGA